AUAGAGACCAGCCCCCGCAGAUAAGGCAGUUAAGAGACCAGAGCAAAUUAUAUUCCUCGGAGCCUGGUGUUUGCCAUACUCGGAAGCACAGUAAAUGAUGGAGCUGGCUGUGCGCAAACUAUCAUUUUCUUCCCUUCCUCAGAUCAAUGUAAAGCUGCAAAAGCAAAGAAGAAGACAAUCCUUGGUAUCUGCUGCUCUACCUGAAACAGCGGCUUCAAUAGCAAUUGCUGCUGCAGUUGUUGGUACAGCAGCUACCAUUCUUGUGAGGAGAACCAAAGCUUCUGAGGCAGCUGAGGUUCCUAUGAAAAUUUGUGAAGCCUGUGGUGGUUCUGGUAUAUGUCCUGAAUGCAAAGGUGAAGGCUUCGUUCUUAAGAGACUCUCAGAUGAAAGUGCUGAGAGGGCAAGAUUGGCUUCUAAGAAUAUGGCCACUCGAUACACAGCAGGGCUUCCAAAGAAAUGGAGCUACUGUACAAAGUGCUCCUCUGCCCGAUCAUGCCUUACCUGCAGUGGCCGUGGAAAGAUAGUUUUGCUGUAACCAUCUUUGUGCUUCAGAUAGAGGAGACCCCACAUUUGACGCAUAUGUAAGACAUAUAUCGGCUUGUAGGCUUCUACUUUGGAAGAUGUAAAAUGUCCUCUUUGUUUUGUAGUCUGUCAAUUGCUGCAUUGGCUGUAGAUCAAGUGAUGGGUGAUGUAUAUAUUUGUAUUGUAAGAUCACACAAACACCCCAAGUUUAAUCACAUCUACUGAUGAGGGAUA